GGACACCGCACUGACAGCACCCGGACACCGCACUGACAGCGCCCGGACACCGCACUGACCGCGCACAGAGCGGGGACAGCGCUUCCCGACAUGCAGGAACAUUUAUAAAGAAUUGAUGCAAGCAGUUGGACACCAGUUCUGGAAGAACUGACCUAUGGAGCACUAUCCUGGUAAAUGAAAUACAUUUUGGAUGUCAUGGCUUCAAUAUUGCUUGGAAUGUGCCUCAUCUUCAGCCAGCCUAAGCUGGUUACUACUUACCCAACAUCAAAUGAAAAGGCCUAUGCAUCGCCAUCUCCCAUAAAUGAACAGAGGACUGCCCCUCACCCUAAUGGUACCCAGCAGUAUCUACCACAUACCAUUAUUAUUGGGGUUCGUAAAGGUGGAACAAGGGCUUUGCUGGAAAUGCUUAGCCUUCAUCCUGAUAUUUCAUCGGCUGAAAGUGAAAUCCAUUUUUUUGACUGGGAAGAUCAAUAUAAAAAAGGUUUACAAUGGUAUGUUGGCCAAAUGCCAUUUUCUUUCCCCCAUCAGCUCACCGUGGAGAAAACCCCUGCAUACUUUACAUCACUUAAUGUCCCAGAACGCAUUUACAACAUGAACAGCACAAUAAAACUUCUUCUUAUCCUAAGAGACCCUAUCGAAAGAGUUUUAUCGGACUAUACUCAAGUUUUUUACAACCACCUGCAGAAAAAUAAAUCCUAUCCACCGGUGGAAGACCUUCUUUUGAGGAAUAGUGAGCUCAACACGGACUACAAAGCAAUAAAUCGGAGCCUGUAUUAUAGUUUCAUGGAAAACUGGUUAACUUACUUCCCGCUUCACAAUAUUCACAUCGUUGAUGGAGAUUAUCUAAUUAGAAAUCCCUUUCCGGAAAUUCAAAAGGUAGAGAAGUUUCUGAAUCUUUCUCCCCAAAUAAACGCAUCAAACUUUUACUUCAAUAGGACAAAAGGGUUUUACUGUUUACGCGACAGUGGUCGGGAACGCUGCUUACAUGAGUCCAAAGGGAGAGCCCACCCACGUAUAAACUCUUUCCUGCUGGACAAAUUACGUGAAUACUUCCAUGAGCCCAACAAAAAAUUCUUUCAACUUGUUGGAAGGACAUUUGACUGGUUGUAAAAUAAGCCAAUUGAUGAAGACUGUAUAUUUACGAAGUAUAUUUAAGCUAUAACUUAUUUGUAAAUUUAAUAUUCUUGCCAGAACUAGAAGAGAAAAAUGCUAGCUUUAUUUUUAUACUGAUUAAGUGUGACUAUAUAAUUUGUAUGGAUUUUCAUAAAUAAUAAAUUAUAUUAGUUUUGCAA